GCCGUGGAGACGAAAAAACUGAAAAUGAAAGCUUUAUAAAAGAAAAAGACAAYCUUACGAUGCUGCGAUUUUGUUGGUGAUGGACACACGGCCUGAACAUGGACUGUACUCCAUCUUGUCGUCUUCACAGCCAUGCAUACGCUAUACUAUCUGCUAUUACCCGCGAGGAUCUCCCCACGGUCAAAGCCGUGAUCAARAGAGUUUGCUCRAACCCURCAAACUUGACUGACCGUCUUGGCCGCCAUGCCAUUCAUUUGGCGGCUUCAUGUGGGAAGACAGAGAUCUUACAAUGGCUGAUUGAAGAAUGUAAAGUGAACGUGGAGCUGCGAGAUCAGGAGAACGGAUGGACCGCUUUGCACAGAAGYUUGUUCUAUGGACAAAUCAGCUGCACCGAGUUGCUCUUGCAACAUGGUGCUGAUCUUUAUGCUCUUGACAAAGAAGACUUUACACCACUUGACCUUGUACUAUUGGAUAGUCCAUUCAAGUUAUCAACAUCAGUGGAUGCCAAAGUCAUAGCUAGAUAUGACACCAAGCUGGAUGAUGAGCUGUGUCUUUGUGGCAGUGAUAUUGUUACAGAUAUCCAUAUGUCAGGGCCCAGUUAUUGGACUGGAAGCUUAAGGGGAAAAAGAGGUUUUUUCCCUAAAAGUUGCGUUGAGUUAAUCAGACAAGAUUACAGAAGUGAUUUGUAUACAUGGGGAGCCAAUACAAACUUUACACUAGGACAUAAAGAUGAGAGUUUAAGACAAAAUCCAGAAAUGGUUGAAACACUAAGUAAUGACAMGACAGUUAGCAUUGCUGAGGUUGUGAUGUGCAAAUUCCAUUCAGUAUUUUUGACUCAAGAUGGGAGRGUUUUUACAUGUGGMCAUGGCAGAGGUGGAAGACUGGGACAUGGCAAUGAACAAACUCAGUUGGCACCUAAGAAGGUUGAUAGUCUGAAAGACCACAAUUGUGUAGCCAUAGCAGCAUGUCAUCUUAAAGGUGAAAGGUUUAUUACAAGUCCUAGACAGGUAACUUCGUUGUAUCAAAAGGACAUCACCAUCGUCAUGGUGUCWUGUGUGGAUUCAGCAACUGUUUGUGCAACAAGCAAAGGAGAUAUCUUUAUACUCAGUCAGUACACAUGUCAGAAAAUUAUCACAAGGUUCUUAGAGCUGACAAGACUUGUUGUUUCUGGAGGUGAAGUCGAACUGAACAUGAACCAUGACAUCAUAAAACAUCAUGAAAAACCAACCUUGACUCUCUUGAAUAGGAAUGGAUUGGUGUAUCAGUGGAAAGACACGUUUGGUUCAUUACGGAAAUCUAAAUGGAUGUCAARGAAAGAACUUCAAGUUGCUGAUGUUGCAAUAGGAAAACAGCUUUAUAUAUUAACUGAUGUUGGUGAAUUGUAUACCUGUACAAAGGCUGGCGGCGAUGCACCRAUGACUAAACCAUCAAGAUCAUCAUCAUCAAACUCACCCAGUCAGGAGAGAGACUGGGACCAAAAGGACGUUCUUAUUCAAUAUGAUGUAAAAAGAUGUCCCAUGGUGCAUCGGGGGAUUAGGAUCUUUACAGAUAGAAAGUCAAAGGGAUUCGCUGUACUACAAGUUGAUCCAUCAACUGGAGUCAAGUCACAUCCUAUGGUCGGUCCAUCUACGAUGUGUAGUGAUUUCAAACAACUUUUGGAGGAAGCAGUUGUUGAUGAUGAUAUACAUGAUGUGAAUUUGAUGGUCAAAGGACGAAUCAUUCCUGCACAUAAGUUUAUUCUUGCAACCAAGAGCGCAAAAUUUCACCAUAUUCUGAUAGACAAAAGUGAGGUGUCAGACGUUGAUGACGAUGCUGUGGCAACAGUCACACUUGAUAAUGUUGAUUAUGACGAUGUCAUGAAAUACGUUGAGGAAUUGUACAGUGGUUACAACGUUGACGACGCAGUUGUAUUUGGGACKAAGAAAAGCCACAAAGCGGAUCAUUCACAAUCAAACCACGAYAACCAUAAUAUCAAUCAYACAAGUACCGUUSACGACGAAUCCGAGAGCUAUUCUGCAUUACUGAAAAGUYUWGAAUCRAUCUCUYURCCAGAUUURGAUGAUUUCUCAACAUURACAGCAAAUGACACUCAGAAUAURCUCAAUCAUUCUGCGYCAUCUCCUAAAAAGAACAAGAAAAAGGCAGAGAAAAAAGGCUCUGAAAAGCAAAAUAAAAACAACAAAAAAGAUCUAARAAACCAAACUAAAAGUWCUUUCAAAGGACUUAAGUUCAAACGAACAAAUUGCCCAGAGCUUCAAGAUGUUGCAAUUGAGUGUGAAGAUGGCGUCGAGUUUUUAUGUCAUAAAUGUGUCCUCAUAGCGCGUUUAGAUUAUUUUCGUAGCAUGUUGGCUUGUGGAUGGCUUGAGACGAGUAAAGAAAUGAGAACCCUAAGUAUGCCGAUACAUUCUAGUGUCUUKCAGGYUGUUYUGGACUACAUUUACACUGACGAAGCGAAAAUUAUUAAAAGUAGCCAAAAUAUUGAAUUUAUAGGAAAUGUGUUAGUCAUUGCCGACCAACUUUUAAUCGGUCGGCUUCGUGAAAUAUGCGAAACAGCCAUGGCAAAAUUGAGUAAGUUGAUGAUAUAA